AAUUGAGCAAUACUUGCGACAUUUCCAAAUCUUUGUACACUAUCCACCAUCCAAACAAUGCCUUACUCCGGGUCGAACUGGCUCACCCGCCUCCGAUCAUCCAAAGGUUUUCCGGCCGAUCAACAUCUCAAUCUCGAGCAAUUUCUCACUCUUCACAACCCUAAUCAAAUCCCCGACCCGAUUCCAAAUGACCCGAACCGGAAUCUCAACCCAAUUCCACCUCCAAAUCCGGGUCCUAAUCGGACCCGAUCGUCGGCACCUGUAAACGGAGCCCUAGAUUCCUCAAUCACAAUGUCCGACAUUUUAUCCGAGCUUUUCGUGAUGGGAAAUCCCCAAAAUGUCCCCAAGAAAAAGGGGGUUCGUAAACAACCAAACCCUAGAAAUUGUGCUGUGUCAAUUCCCCCAAUUGCAACGCCUUCGGUGAGCUGUACUAAUUUGGCAUUUGAAGAUGAAGAAGAUGACACGCGUCGUAGAGAUCUUUCGGCAUUUUCGAGAACUGAAGUUACUGUAAUUGACACUAGUGUUAAGAAUUGGAAGUUUGAGAAGCUGUUGUUUAGGAGGAAAAAUGUGUGGAAAGUUCGCGAUAAGAAGUGUAAGAGUGUGAUCAAUGUGGAUCGAAAGAAGAGGAAGGGGAGUAGUUUUGAUGAUUUUCGGAGUGAGAAAAAAUCAAAGCUCGGUGAUGGUAAACGAGUAGAAAAUGAAGGACAGGGACUGCAACAUAAUGAAAGAGUUGAGGAGGUUUGCAAACGAGGGGAGGAUAAUCAUGUACAAAAUCUUAAAACCAGAUUCCACAGCAAACCAAAUAACGUAAACUCAUCAGUUAUCCUCCUAAAGAGCAUCCCUGUUUCAAAGAAAAUUGGUAAAAGCUGAAAGGCUUGUAGGAAUCAACUUAGAGACUGCCCCAUAUAUCGGUGAAGUAUUCUACAGUGACCCUGAACUGAAAGGUAGAAGGCCUAAUCAUUGAAGUACACAUUUACCAUGGUUCUCUUGCUGGAAAGCUCCUGUGGUCUUGCUAUGGAAUCCAUUCUGACACAGGAACUCAUUUUACUUGUUGUAUAUUAUAAUUGUAUAAUGUGUUAAAAGUUGAUAUAUGUUUUGUUAUUAUAUUUUCUCUUUAUUAGUUAUGUAUCAUAUAAACAUGUACAAUUGAGAUCUAGGAAAAGUUUUUGGCA